AUGUUGCUUCAACGUGUCUUUCCCAUCUGCUUGGCAGGCAUUGUCGCUGCCGUUGGCAAUGAUGACAUCGCUACAACUAGCUCGAAUACAUGCAACAAGGCGGACGUGGCCUUGGUCAAAUUCAACGCUCAAAGCCAGCCUGGACUCUGUAAUACGUGGCUCAAUGGUCAACGACAUGUUUCCCCUGUUCAGGGCAUGUCCUCAGACGAGCUUACUGCAGCUUGCAACUGUAUCUCUUUGGCAUCACAAGAGAUGAAGCUUGCUUUACAAUUACCUGUGGUACGAAUCGUAAAGUCGACUAAGCCUGCGCCUAAGACGACUGCGAAAUCGGUGGUCAAGACGUCACCAAAGACCACUCUGAAGACAACGACAAGGACGACAGUUCAACUUGUGAAAAGCUCGGCGAAAAGCUCUGUUAAAACGACAACGAGCAGCCCGAUCAAGAGGUCCUCGUCGAAGAGUGCAACCACCAAGGUAACGUCUGUCUCAAGCUCUUCCAGCCGUCGCUGUAUUGGUGUUGCAUGCAGUAAGCUCACUGCGAGGACAACAACGUCAGCCUCUACAAAGAGUGCUGUUUCGGUCAAGAGCUCCGUGAAGAGUCCAUCCAGAAGCGCAUCCAAGUCUGGUGGUAAAGCAUCCUCAUCGUCAACUACCUCCAGAGGUGGAAAGGUGACGUCCGUGUUGAAGAGUGGAAAAUCGGCAUCGCCAUCCGUCACAGGCACUGUAGGGAAGGGCAUAUCCUCGAGGAAGUCUUCGUCCACUCGGGUCAUACCCACUUCAGCUCCUGGCUCAGAUGAUGGUUCCGACGGCAACGACGGCGGAUCAAGCUCAGACAAUGGCGAUGCCGGAUCUCCGUCAACCACCUUUACCAGUGAUGAUGGCUCUGCCACGACUACCACCGAGGACAAUGACGGGUCAGCCGCACCGACCUCUACUACGAAUGAAAGCUCUGCCGAGACGACUCAAACAUCAGAUGGUGAUUUCGCUACCACAUCGACACAAGGCGAUGACGGAUCUCCUGCAUCGUCAACAUCAACGAUCGCUGCCCCUACCCUGACGUCUACCAAGCCGAGAUCUGUUGUACUGCCUACCACGACCAGACCGAAUAGGAAGACUUCAUCAACCUUGAUCAAGUCACCAGGCACCGUCGAUCCGAGUUCGACGGUCUCAGACAUAUCCCUGUCCUCUAGUUCUGAGAGUGGCUCAUCAAGCACUGAUGUAAGCACAUCAAGUGCUUUACCCGUUGCGAAACCAAGUCCGGUCUGUACUUCUCCUAUCGCCAAUAACGAGAUUUUCCAGCUGUACAUCUCGGGAACCAACACGGCCAUCGAUGGUACUCCGAUGCAGGGUCUAACAAACGGUGCUACUGCCGUCGGUUUCAGCGUCGGCUACACAAAUCUCAACUUUACGCUUGAUUGUAGCACUGGCUAUGUGUACUGGGGACUUAAUUCGGUCCUGUCGGGAAACACACAGGCUUUCUCUGUUAAGAGCCAGUCUGUCGUCGUCGCACCCAUUGGCGACUCCAACAAUUCUCCGCUCAGCUGCAGCCUGGAUACAAACUUCGCCCUCACCUGUCAAUACACGUCUUCCCGCUCCCCUGAUGUGUUCCAAGGUUGGUCGGUCAGCUCUGGCGAUUCACGAUAUCUUGCCAUGUCACAAAGCAAUACUACAAGCGUCAUUCUCAAAGCAGUGCCCCUAAAGUCGAAUGCAGCCAUUACCUACCCAACGCACACUGUCAACCAGAACUUGCUUAUUAACGGGGCUUUUGCAGCCAACACAGUUGAUCCUUGGAGUAAAUUCGCUCAAGGCAAGAGCUCCGACGUUGUCUUCAAUUCCUCUGCAGUCAAUGCUUCGCAAUCUUGCUAUGCAUUCGCCGGCAUGCUAUCGGUCUCUCCCAACGCUAAUUUCGUCAACGGCUAUGCUUGGACGGGAAUCAGUCAACCUGGCGUGACGCUCUACAUGGGCGAACAGCUUUUUGUUGGCUACGAUGUCCUCUUGAAUUAUCCGACUGGAUUGCCCAGCGGUGUACGCUGCGAUAUCCAAGUGAAGGGUACCGAGCAUGAUACUCUCAGCUACGUGCGGUAUGACAGCAAUAGUCCUGCUUUUGUCUCAUUCAAUACUACAACUACCGCCUCAUACAACGGGACUGGAAGCUACUCCAUCACUGCUUACUGUCAGGGCCAGCCAGGUGGUGGUUGGCAACCGCUGAGCCUUGGCUUCAACAAUGUAAGGCUUUUGGCUGCUUAUGAUUCGACCAAUGUUGGUGCGGCUCUAUCUUGCGGUUUCAAAGAAGCGAGGGAUACUAUUCAGUCCGCUUCGCUCCAGCCGUACUGCUCUUCUCUUUUGGCAUACAGCACACCAACAACAACUUUGACCGAAGUGAUCAGUACGACGACUACUUCAACGAUGACAGUUGCGUUCGGUCAGCGCAAGAGGAGUGUAAUCACCCCUGCACCUUUAGCUGUACCAGAGCCCUUGAAGCCACGUCAGCUAGACGUCUCGGGUAACUCUUCUACGGCAAGCUCGAGCACGGUAGAUGGAGCAGGUGCACUUGCCACCUUUGCACCGGCGGAUGUCACCAAUGCCUGCAGUGUUGAAGCUCAACCCGUUACUUCGACUGUCACCCAGACAACUUCCACCACGACAACCAUUACAGCCUACGCAACAUACACUAGCCUGCCAUCCUUGUUCCUUCUCGCCAGCUCGGGCAACAAUGCUCUUUACAUCAGUCGCGAAGACUCUGGUGCCGUCAAAUUCACCACAGACCCCAAUGCCGCGCUUCCCUUCUACAUCGACGAUGCGGGAGCUCCACGGUCAUGGCGCGACCCUAGUCAGACCCUUGUUGAUCACUACGAGCCAAACUCAGGUGCUGCGGAUAACAGGAUCUACAUUGAAGCUCCAUCUUCGGCUUCCUACCCGGUGACUUGCAGAAAUCAAGGUCGUAAUGCAGGAACUUAUCUCUACAACUGUCAAAGCAGCGGACCGCCCAACGGGAAUCCAGUCGUAUAUGGCUUCGGCUUCUGCGAUAAUACACGAGCGCUUUAUAUGAUACCUAAUAGCUCGAAUGUGAGAUGUGGUGGUGGCUACGCGUUUGCUGCGCUGAAGCUUGUGGCUUAUACAGGCAACUGA